AGGCGGCGGCGUGGCACUGAGGCGGCACACGUGGUUUUGUUUAUAUCGGGGGAACAUAUGUCCUUUUUAUUCUUCGUGGCUCGCGGUGCGGGAGGUUUGCGGGAAGCAGGGAAACACGAGUAUUGACCUACAGCCCCUAACAAAGGACUUUCUAGAUCGCAGCCGCUCAGCCAAUCGCGAGGUCCGGGGCGGCCGACGUCACGGCUCGGGGCGGAACCUGUUGUGUCCGUUUGCAUUGAGGCGACUUCGAAGGGCGAUCAUGGGCCACCGUAUCCAUCACCAGGCCUUAAAACGGUUACAAUUCAUAGUAGAAUCUCAUUAAAACACCAGAAAUGCAUAAAAACAGCGUGUUGAGGCUGCUUAAGGGACUGAUUGGCCAUGUGAAUACCCAACUGGCUGAGAUACAGGUUUCGGACACAACAUAAACUUGUCAACACUGUACAGCAAGAGCAAGAGCAAGAACAUCAACAACAUGGCCUCCAACUUGUACCACUUCAUGGACCAACAGCCGACCUUUGUACCGCCACCCCAGAACACGGUGCUGCAGGAGGCCCCGAAGGAGAAGAAGAAGAGAACCAGAAACCCGGAGAACUGGAAGAAGGAGAAGAGGAAGCGAGCCAUCUUGUCCGGGCGGCCUUAUGUUAAUACCAAGGGCGAGCUCGUGGGGCCUCGAGCUAUAGGGCCGGACUGCAACUGCAAGAAUAAGUGCUUCCAGGCUGUGAAUGACGAUAACCGCAACGCCAUAUUCAACGGUUAUUACUCCCUCAACAGCUAUGACGAGCAGAACGCCUACCUCUAUGGCCUCAUCCGGCGCCACGACAUCCAGCGGAAGAGGAAGCCGGUUUCGGAGCGACGGACGUGCUCCUACAAGUACUACGUUCGCAUCAAGGGCAAGGAAAUUCAGGUGUGCAAGAAAGCCUUUGCCAACAUCCACGGCAUAUCGGACAAGAAGAUCCGAACCCUUUGCAUCAAGCACGAGCAGAACAUCCUCUUUCCCCGCGACAACAGAGGCCGCCACAGAAACAGACCCAAAAAGGUGACCCCAGAGCUGGUGACAUUGAUCAAGCACCACAUCCUCAAAAUGCUCUCGGGCCCCAACGGCAGCGACUACAUCAAGACGGAGAAGAACCAGGGCCCGGACGUCAACAUAUCCAAGCUGCACAAGAACUUCCUGCAGCAGUAUGAACCCGAGGCUAUUGAUAUGGAGACUGACAAGGUGAUCAAGGACUACGACGCCAAGGUCAAGUCGUGGCUGUACUUCAAGGUGUUUCAUGAGGAGUUCAAAUCGAUGGACUUCAACACGGUGAAGAGAAAGUUGUCCGACCUCCGCAAGAGUCUGGAGGCCUCGGGGGCGCUGCAGACAACCAAGAAGAAGGCCCCAAGCAAGUCACGGUCUCGGCAGCGCACGCAAGACAACCAGAACGCCCGUGCAGCUGCCGCCGCCGCCGCCAACACCACCACGCUGGCCGAGGUGCCCACACAGGCGCUGGGUGUGGCCAUGACGGCCGCUCCCGGCACCCAAAUGACCGGUUACAUGGGGCCACAGCAGCCACACACCCUCCCGCCUAACCUGCAGCUGAGUGUGUUGGGGCUGCAGCACACCGGGGCGCCCUUCAACCCCGCUGCAGCCCAACAGCCACAGCAGCAGCCCCUCAACCUCCAGACUGGGGGCAACGGGGGCGGCCAAGUUGGGGAGCAGCCGCAGGCCCUCCCCUUGAACCUCCACUCCAUGGGGGGCCACAUGCCCUCCUACUACCUCUCCCUGAGCCACAUGUCCAACCUCAUCUCCCUGCCUGUGUCCUCGGGGGGAGCGGUGCAGUCGGCCGGCACGCAGACGGCGAACUUCCCAGCGCAGCACAACAUGCAGCAGUUCAUCCCCACGCACAGCACUGUCAGCGCCCAGACCGAGGCGGGGCCGGGGGGGCAGCCACACAUCAUCCAGGGGGGGGUGGGGGUCACCUACACGGCAGCGCCCCAGCACAACCCCAACAUGUACUGACCCACAAGGCCGCCCCAACACAACCCUAAUAUGUACUGACAAAACGAGGCUGCCGCGGCGGCACACACAGCAUGCGCUAACAAGCCGAGGUCAGCCCAGCAACACCCCAGCCUGUACGCCCCCCAAGGCUGCCCGGCCAACACUAAUAUCCACCGGCAAGCUGAUUGACUGUCUUGGGGUAUAUAGUCAUGGCGCUGCAACUACAGUGGUCGUAUGGCGCACUGACAAGACGAUGCAGACUGCUGUGGCCGAGCCUUUAUAGGGCAUGUGUGGGGUAUGAAGGCCUUUUGUUCCCCCUCUUAAUAAAAUGCCCUGGUCCCUUGUGGCAUAUGAGAGACAUGACCUUUUAUUGACAGGUCUCUUGUUCCCCUCUUAAUAAAAUGCCCUGGUCCCUUGUGGCAUAUGAGAGACAUGACCUUUUAUUGACAGGUCUCUUGUUCCCCUCUAAAUAAAAUGCCCUGGUCCCUUGUGGCAUAUGAGAGACAUGACCUUUUAUUGACAGGUCUCUUGUUCCCCUCUAAAUAAAAUGCCCUGGUUCCUUGUGGCAUAUGAAAGACACAACCCCUUUUUUUUAUAGGCCUCUUUUUUCCCCUUAUGAAAAUGCCCUGGUUCCUUGUGGCAUAUGAAAGACACAACCCUUUUUUUUAUAGGCCUCUUGUUCCCCUUAUGAAAAUGCCCUUGUCCCUUGUGGCAUAUGAAAGACAACCCUUUUUUUAAUAGGCCUCUUGUUCCCCCUCUUACCAAAAUGCCCUGUUGGUCCCCUGUGGCAUAUGAGGGGUAUAACUUUUUUUACAGUAAAGGAAACAAGCUCAAGGGGCAUAAAUAAAAACAAAAAAGCCCCCUAAGAACAAAAGAACCUGCUAAGGGUGACUGACGCAUGAUUUCCUGAAGGUCACCACUAGAGGUCCACCUUCCGUCUGUGUCUCGGUGAAUGACGGGGAACGUUUUGUAUCUAUAUCUUUGUUCCGCUGUACGCUAAGGCUCAUGGGAGUUUGGGAAGCGCCGAGGAAGCUCAUCAUUACUGUAGAAAACCAUGGCUGUGCUAGAGUAUAUUGAUGACAUAUAUAAGUCGUUUCCUCACACUUAUCGAUAUACUGUGUGUGCUUGUGGAAGAGUCAGUGCCGUGUAAACUGAUCCCCUCUGAGGCUGAUACAUUGGGUGCCAUAUAUUAAAGCCCUAGAAAAGUUAGUAUUGUAAAAAUCAUCCCUCUAGACUUCGAUUCAGAGGUGCUUGUGUAAGAGUCCGUACCCUGUGAAAGUUGAUCUGAUCCCCUAUGAGGCCCUGAUACAUUGAGUGGCAUAUAUUAAACUCCUAGAAAAGUAUGUAUCUGGUAAAGGCCAUCUCUCUCGACUUGGAUUCAGAGGUGCUUGUGUAAGUGUCAAUACCAUGUGAGAGUUGAUCUGAUCCCCUCUGAGGCCCUGAUACAUUGAGUGGCAUAUAUUAAACCCCUAGAAAAGUAUGUAUCUGGCAAAGGUCAUCUCUCUCGACUUGGGUUCAGAGGUGCUUGUGUAAGUGUCAAUACCAUGUGAGAGUUGAUCUGAUCCCCUCUGAGGCUCCGAUACAUUGAAUGGCAUGAAUCAAACCCCUCGAAAAGUAUGUAUCUGGUAAAGGUCAUCCCUCUAGACUUUGCCGCAGAGGGAUGUUAAAUAUUCAGACUUUUCCACAAGUACAAACAGUGUAUCACGGCUUCCCACUCCAAUCUGUAAAUCAUAUAAGGAGGUCUCCCUAUUGUACAGGAACAUAUACCUCUUAGGGCAUUAGUAGUAACAGUAUAUACUAUAGGUAGCUACUUUUUUAUAUAUAUUGGAAGGAAAUACUUAUCGAUACUGGAUUAAGGAGUCAAGCAGCAGUGGCAGGGAUGAAGGAAUUAUAAAGCGAUAAUUUUACGAUGAUUUUACAAUUUUAAUCCCCAAACAAAAGAGAAUUUAACUGACUGACUGACUGACAAUUUUAAUCCCCAAACAAAAGAGAAUUUAACUGACUGACUGACUGACAAUUUUAAUCCCCAAACAAAAGAGAAUUUAACUGAAUGACUGACUGACAUUUUUAAUCUCAAGCAAUAAAGCGAAUUCACUAACUUAUCGAAAAUGUUAAUCUCCAGAGCAAAAGAGAAUUAAGGGACCGACUGACUGACUUACAAUUUUAAUCCCCAAAUGAAAGAGAAUUUAACUGACUGACUGACUAACAAUUUUAAUCUUAAGCAGGAAAGCGAAUUCAGUGAUGUAUCGAUAAUGUUAAUCUCCAUAACAAAAGGGAAUUCAAUAAUAUUCAUUUCUACAUUCAACAACAAGACUCCAUUUCUUGACUGCUGUGUUAUAUAGGUCAGGCUCCAGCUUUACUACUACUACUACUACUAUGACUACUAUGACUACUACUACUACAACUACACAGGUUAUCUAAAAUGUGUAUCUAAGGUGCCUAUAUCCAACUACUGUCUUCGGUAAUGACACGCUCCCUGUGAUGAAUGUGACCAGACUCCUUUUUUAUGUCUCCGGUGGUUAGGUAUAAGAAGGCCAAGCUCAAAACCAAGGGCCUAGAUUGGAGUCCAGGCUAUGGUAGGUUUUUUCUACACAUUCAUUCUUGAUAGACGCCCUCAAGAUAGGAAAGAAUGUCUGUGAUGCAGCUACACCCUCAAGAUAGGAAAGAGAGACUGUCUGUGAUGGAGCUGUACCCUCAAGAUAGGAAAGAGAGACUGUCUGUGAUGGAGCUGUACCCUCAAGAUAGGAAAGAGAGACUGUCUGUGAUGGAGCUGUACCCUCAAGAAAAGAAAGAGAGACUGUCUGAUGCAGCUACACACACACACACACACACACACCUGAAUUUUCAAACGCCGUACUUGUCUUUGUUAACCCAGUAGCAGCGACGGGCCAAAUUUGUAGCUUUACCGUGUAGCAGCGACGGGCCAAAAUAGAUGAUACAUAAUCUGAUCACAAAUGCUUUGAUAUAUAUUAUGAAAUGAGGGUGAUUUUUUCUCAUUUUUCUCGCUUAGAGGGACCAUUAAGAAACAUGAUCCCCGCUGCUACUGGGUUAAAAUUAGUGUGGCUAAGUUGUUUUUAUAAUCUGUUUUUUCAAGGCGAGGUCAGUUAGAUUUGUUGAUUUUUCUAUAUAUCACUUCACGACUGAGUUUGUAAUAUGUCAACUUUGUGAAAAUCUAACACUUCAACCAACUAUGUCCCAAAAGAGGAAUUAAAAAACUAAACUAGCCACAUAACUGUGAAUAGAUACUAAUAUGAUGUUUGGAAAAGCUGGUGCAAAUCCUCAAAAACUGAAAGGCGUUGAUUUUAAUAUGAAAACAUGUAUGGCACUUUGUAUGAUGUGGAUACGGGUCUGGUAUAUGCAUGGAAUGAGUACCCUAUCCGUGGAAAUGCAGCUAAGGCGAGAUGAUGCACUGUAUGACAAAAAUGCCUGUAUUCUUAAACAUUUUGGAGCUCACACACCCACAACUGAUGAGGCUUUCGCAGAGGUUGUGUUAGUAGUAUUUCCAUGGUGGGUAGUUUUACGAGCUUAAUGAUACUUUGACAAGGCUUUAGUUGUUGUGAGAACGGAAAGGAUCUAAGAAAACAAGCCUUAUGCCCACAUGUGAUAAGGCUUUCGUAGAUGUCGUGUUCGUAUUUCCAUGGUGGGUAGUUUUACGAGCUUAAUGAUACUUUGACAAGGCUUUAAUUGUUGUGAGAACCGAAAGCAUCCAAGAAAACAAGCCUUAUAUGUCCACAUCUGAUAAGGCUUUCGUAGACGUCGUGUUCGUUUUUCCAUGGUGGAAAGUUUUACGAGUCCAGUGAUAGUUCGACAAGGCAUCUAAACCACAAACAUGAAAAUUGUGGCCUUCGGAAAUUGUUGCUGUUAGAACGGAAAGCAUAUGAGAAUACAAUUAAGCCUCACACACCCACAUUUGAUAAGGCUUUCGCAGCGGUUGUGUUGAUAUCUCCAUGGUGGGUAGUUUUACGAGCCCAGUGAUAGUUCGACAAGGCAUCUAAACCACAAACAUGAAAAUUGUGGCUUUCGGAAAUUGUUGCUGUUAGAACGGAAAGCAUAUGAGAAUACAAUUAAGCCUCACACACCCACAUUUGAUAAGGCUUUCGCAGCGGUUGUGUUGAUAUCUCCAUGGUGGGUAGUUUUACGAGCCCAGUGAUAGUUCGACAAGGCAUCUAAACCACAAACAUGAAAAUUGUGGCCUUCGGAAAUUGUUGCUGUUAGAACGGAAAGCAUAUGAGGAUACAAUUAAGCCUCACACACCCACAUUUGAUAAGGCUUUCGCAGCGGUUGUGUUAAUAUCUCCAUGGUGGGUAGUUUUACGAGCCCAGUGAUAGUUCGACAAGUCCUCUGCACUGCUA